AUGCCAACGUCCAAGUGCUUCGAGCAAUGUCCCCCUUUUCCCUCUGACUUACCCGUGCUUGACUUGAAGAGAGUCUCCCUCGCGGCACUGGAGCAAAAGUGUCCAGUAGAAGGGGAGAGACUACUUGCGGCAUGUAAAGAAUGGGGUUUCUUUCUGCUCGACAUGGAUGGCUCGGAUCAAGGAACUGCACUGCUGCGAGACGCAGAAGAGAUGUUUGGUCUCACGGCCGACCUGUCGACAUUGGAUGAAGAAACGCUGAACAAGUAUCACCACAAAGCGCCCGAUUUCACGAGAUACAAAGCAAUCGGAACCACCAAGACCGCCCCAGGAACAUUCGACCACAUCCACGUCUACUCCCUCAGCCAAGAUGACAUCCUGGAGACCACUCCCUCCUCAGCCCAACUCCCUCACCCAGACACAAUAACCCACAAAAAAGCCCAAACCUACGCCUUCCUAACCCACAGCCACGCUGUGCUCUCCCACGUCCUCACCAGCCUCAACACUGCCCUAGGCAUUGCCCCUGGCACCUUAUCCGCCCUAACUCCCUUAACCGAACCAUCCAGCACCAUCAUGCGUCUAAUCUGGAGCCCACCAAGCCCCCACCAGCCCGACUACACCCGGAUCUCCUUCGGCGGGCACACCGACAUGGGCAUAAUGACGUUGCUCUUUAAUGUCCUCGGCGGCCUGCAAGUGCUCCCCCCCGGCGCGGCCAACAUCCACCAGAACUGGCAAUUUGUGCGUCCGCAGCCGGGGUGCGCGAUCGUCAACGUCGCGGAUACCCUGGAGCAGUGGACGGGUGGUCUGCUGCGGAGCUGUCUUCAUAGGGUGGUAACACCGCCCGGGGAUCAGGCGAUGCUAGAGCGGAGGAGUGUGGCGUAUUUGUUAAGGCCGAGGCAGGAUGCGUCGUUGGCGAGGUUUGUGGGCGGGAUUGUUCCGCCACUGCAGCCGGGGGAGGUGGAUGAGACGAGGACGGUGGAUGAGUGGAUUGAGUGGCGCUCGAGGCAGAUUGUGAAAGGGCAGUUGAAGAAUGAGAGUCGAGUGGGUGGUGAGGAUAGGAAUUUGUGUAAGGAUGGACAUUAG